AUGUCUAAAACUAUUAAUCGAUUCUGGUGUAAAGUUACUAUACCUAUAAUUUGGGAAUUAGUUUUGGAUCAAGAAUUUAAUUGGGAUAAUUUGAGGAAUAAAGCGUUUUGUAUUAGAACUUGUGUAUCAUGCAUGGAUACUCAAGCCAGAACUUUACUUACACGAAAUGGAUUUGAUUUAUCAUCAUCACCGUCUCAAGCUACAUUUGAUUAUCCAUCAUUCACUCAUAAAUUUAUAAUUAAUAAUUUUAUUAAUUUUAUUUCCAUAUAUUCACAACAAAUUAUUGUCGAAAAUUUUUGUCAUUAUAGUGAUUUAAUGGGUUCAAUUCUCGAGUUACCUGGUGCCCCAAAAGUAUUUAAAAAUUUAAAAAAUUUUACUUCGAUGAUAGGAAACGAUUACCAGAUUUUUCCUUUAUAUGAAUCAUUAAAAUUAAUUUGUGAUAAUAUUUUAGAUAUGGAUUUGUUCUUGUACUCAUAUUCUCAAUUGCAAUUAUUCUCUAAACUUAUUAGUGUUCAAAAACGUUUAGAAAAUCUAUUAAUUGAUGCUUUUGAUUAUCCAUAUAAUCGAGAUUCUUGUGAUUCAAUAUUUUGGGCUAUAAUUAGUCAAAAAGAAACAUUAAAGCGUCUUUGUUUAAAAAAAGUAUAUUUUUAUGAUUUCGAGGAAAAAUCAUCAUCAUCAAUUGGUCAGUUUACUUCACUUCAAGAACUUUAUAUUGAAGAUUGUGAUGGAUUAUAUAAUUACUUGUCUUCAUCAUCAUCUUUUACACAAUUAA